GAUUUGGUCCUGGUGCCAUCGGUAGUGUUCAAUACAGAUAUAAGAGCCGUAUGCAAGCGGGCUAUAAUUCACUUCCUAGACGAGAGCGCCCAGUGCGCAUUUAUCGAUCCAGACUCUGGCGAGAGGUGCGCAAACACAAAAAAAGGGCACGCCAAGGGCCAUCAAAGAUCAUCAGGCCAGCUCCUCAAGGAAGGUUUAUUCGUUGAUGGGCCAUUCGAUUCUUCUCGCUUCAUCCUCUCUAUCGAGGAAUGUGUGCUGUCAGUCAUGAACGCGGUCAAUCCUCAAGCUCACUCAAGCCGGCGUAAGUGGCAACUGCUUGUUUCCAAACAUCACAGGGAGCAUAUCGAGGUCCUCCGGGAUCUGGGCGGCUAUCCAAAGCCCGGCACAGCUCAGGACAAGCUUAAGCUGGGCUUCUUCAUGAAGACAAGCGUCUGCUACGGUUGUCUGUUUGGCAAUCCCGAAUACCGGCUGCCCUGCAGACAUGUCAUCUGCGAGUCGUGCUUGCGAGACAGCGAUCAAGGAGAAACACAUGGACAGCAAACAGGCCUUCACAUGCUGCGAAGUUGCCUAAUUUGCGGUGACACUAAAACAGCCGGGUGGCCCUAUCAGAUCCGGCUCCGACCUCUCCUCUCUGGCCUUCGCGUGCUGUCGUUGGAUGGAGGCGGUGUCCGAGGAAUUGUUGAGCUUGUUCUUCUCGAGAAAGUUGAGUCUCUCAUAGGGCUGGACUUGCCAAUUGGCAUCUUCUUUGAUCUAAUGGUCGGAACGAGCUCAGGUGGCAUAAUCUCCCUCGGAAUCGGGGCUCAGGGUCGUAGUGUUAAAGACUGCGCAGCCCAUUUCCGAACGAUUUGCUCGACAGGCUUCGACAACAAAUUUCUCACCAAGACGUGGGGACUCGGGUGGUUGGCAAGAUGGAUCAGAAGUUCUAUCUACACCUCAGCCGCCAUGGAAAAAGCCUUGCAGACGGCUUUCUCAACGAAACCCCCGAUAACGGUGUUUGGUAUGAGGAAUCACUGCCGAAACGCCGUGACGACAACCGUCGGCAAAGAUUGCUACCUCAUCGCCAACUACAACCGCGGCGGAACCGGAAUUUAUAUGAAUUCGGAGCUCAGUGUAUGGGAUGCGGCGAGAUGCACUUCCGCAGCUCCCAUGUUCUUCGAGCCCAAAAGGCAUGACGGCUGCGAUUGCCGAGACGGCGGCCUCAAAUGGAACAACCCCAUUCAGCUUGCAGUCAACGAGUCGAGAGAGAUAUGGGGCGAGAAAUCAUCAUAUGACGUGGUUCUCUCCGUCGGAACGGGUGAAGCAGACGAGGCCCAAGGAAGACCGUCGUCCAAGUUCAUCAUUCCCGACUGGCUUUCCGGUCUAUUCACGGCGCUGUUGAGCACUAUGAAUGGAGAGGAUGAGUGGUUACGAUACUUGAAGUCACAGCAGCGGGCUACGGAGAGAUCGUCACGGCUCAAUGUUGUCUUCCCCGGAAGACAAGAGCCAGCUCUGGACGACUUCGGGGCCAUUGGCUCGAUGGAACAGACUGCGAGGAGCUACUAUAAGUUCUACGAAAGGUUACACAAGUCCCAGUUCAACCCCAUCUCCCAUGCAGCAGGUGUACCGUCACCAACCAACUCCUUGGAGCUCGUUGCGGAGCGACUGCGAGCCAGCAUGUACUAUUUCGAACUGCGUUCCGUCGAGAGCGCCGAAGAAGUCUGCAUCUUCAGCGGGUUGAUCCGAUGCCGACUUGGGCCCAUUGAUGAGGGAUACGACAAGUUGCUGAAGAUGACGGCCGGGUUUAAGGUGAAAGAGAGCUUCUACAGCACCUCCGAGCUAUCUGAAAGCGCACCAUUGGACGUCCAAGUCGUGUUUUCGCAUCAGUCACCCGAAGAGCCCAUCCGCAUCGAUGUCUCAUUCGAGAAGCGAUACAGUGUCGCCAUCAGCGGCUUCCCAAUCAAGAUGAAGGUAGUU